CUCAUCUUCAUCAUGAUCAUCAUCAUCUCUCUGCUCCUGUUGGGCUCUCUGCUGCCAAACCUGAGCUUCACUGCCAGUGUCAAGGUGCGUAUAGUGAAUGGCUCUGAAGCACGACCUCACUCCAGACCUUACAUGGUUUCUGUUCAGAAGAAUAUGAAACAUGAAUGUGGAGGAUUCCUCAUUUCUGAUCAGUUUGUCAUGACUGCUGCUCACUGCAGAAAGGACACUGAGAUUCUGACAGUUGUGGUAGGUGCACAUGACUUAACAAGCAGCAGUGAAAACCAUGUCCGCAUUGGUGUGAGUACCUAUAACAAGCAUCCAGAAUACGACCCUGAUCCACAGACACCUGACAUAGCCGACCUGAUGAUUCUGAAGCUGGAUGAAAAAGUCAAAAUAAACGACAACAUCCAGACAAUUCCCAUACCAAUGAAUACUAAGGAGAUCAGAGUGGACACUGAUUGCCGUGUUGCAGGCUAGGGGUUUGUGGCGAAUAGUGGUCCUGCAAGCCCAACCCUCAGAAAGGCAAACGUGAAGAUUAAGAAUAACACAGUCUGUGCUGCUCGAUGGGGAUGGGAAUAUGAAGCUUCACAGAUGAUGUGUGUAUAUGGUCGUGGAGGAUUGUGUGAUGGGGAUUCAGGAGGUCCUUUGAUUUGUAACAACACUGCGGUGGGCGUUACAUCCUUCGUACACAUGAACAACUGCAACGAUCCUUAUAAACCUAAUGUUUAUAUAAAAAUUUCUGCAUUUCUUCCAUGGAUCAAGGAAAUAGUACCACUACCACCUAAAUGA